CCGAGCAUUCUCGCGUACAUAUUGAUACACAAAUCUGGAAUUUUUUGUUCCGGAAUCGUUCUCGAUUCGGAUCGUCUAAAUUUUUACCCGCGACAAUACGAGUGUUUUCGCAUUAUUGCGAAUCUACGUCGCAAAGCCGGUCCAGCGUCCACUCUGAUAUCCGCUCGAUAUCGAGAUUUUCCUCAAAAAAACUAUAAUUUCGGAUUCAUCAAAACUAUCGUCCUGUUAAUUAAUUAUAAUUAAUCGUUCGGACGUUAAAUUAAUAAAAAACGAAACAUUCGAACACGAGGAAAAUCUUUGAAAGAGGACGAUAGACGAUAUAUAUAUAGUGAUAAGUAUCGUGGAUAAGUAACAGUGCUGAGGGACUCAAAGCAGUAAGGAUACUGCAUAUCAAAAGUAGUGUAGUGUAAAAUAUAUAAAUGUCAAAUCUUUAAAGACAAGUUGAGGAAAAUAUGGCGUUCUGAAGAAUUUGGAGGACGACGAAAGAAUUUGGAGGUCAUUACUAAUAAAUUUGACAAGCGUUUAAUAAAGCAAAAAUGGAAAACAUCGAAGACAUGAUCACCAAAAUGGACAAAUGCAAAAAAGACUUUUUGGAUGUUCUGCUAGGUCAGCAACAACAUCAACAACAGCAUGAACAACAGACUACUGUCAAGGAACAAUUCCUUUCGCCAACCACGCCCGCUUGGGGUGAUAGAAACGUGAAGAUCGAGCAGUCAGUGGAAGAGACUAAAGAAACUAAUAACAACGGUGGCUUCUCGACUCAAUCUGAUUUGAGAAUUUCAAUGAGUAGUUCGAGUCAAUCCUCGAAGAAUAGCAGUUCGUCAUCUACACGUAGUUCAACCGAGAAUACCACGAAUCAGUCGUCGCAAUUACCUAGGAGGUGUAAAUUAUGUCCCUACGUUGCGAGCGAAAGAAUGGAAAACAUCGAACACAUAAUCACUCAUUGCACAUUCGCAAAAGAUAAAUACGUCGAAAAAGACUACUCAAACGGAUACGACGAGGAGCAAGAUGAUUCCGGUAAUGAAACACAGAGCAAGGGGAAGAAGAGGCCCAGACUUCCUAGGCCGAAACCCUGCAGCAAAUGCGACUUUAUAGCGGACACGAAACCGAUCCUUUGGCUGCAUUUGCGGCAGCACUUCAUACGGGAAGACUGUCCCGGUUUCAUUUGCCCCUUGUGUCCGUUCGCCACCACGCUCAAGCAUCACAUGACAUUCCACUGGUUCAGCGCUCACGACGAUUUCAAGGGGUUCGUGUGCACGGAAUGUCAAUAUACGUGCGUGAGCAAAUCGAUGCUGACUAGUCAUAUGAAAACGCAUUCGGAGGUCUAUCAGUACAAUUGCGGCGACUGCGUGUACAAAACCAAAUUUUGCAACGCGAUGAAGAAGCAUUUGAAAGAUAAUCGGCAUACGCUGGGCAUGGUGCUGAACCCGGACGGCACGCGGAAUCCAUCGGCCACCAUUGACGUUUACGGUACCAAACGCGGUCCCAGACGAAGGCCAAUUGUCGGAGAGGAAAAAGAGUUUACGGAAACCGCCGAGGACAGGCCGUCAACCUCGGAAAUAAUUUCCCCGAUCUCAAUGAUUCCGAUCUUGCCGGCUUUGAUAUCGUCAUCCCCGAUUUCGACCGUAAACCCGAGAUCGACUUCGAGUCCGAACUCGCCGAAUUCGAAGGUGACAUUGACGUCACCGGUCAAAGUGUCGCCAGUACGGACAUCGCCAACCCAGGUCCCAUCGUCUCACUCCGAUUCUCGAGUCAAAAACAUUAUGACUAUGUUUAACGGAAUGACCAAUGAGAACGGAGUAAAUCCAAGCAGUAAUCCAAAUAUUAACCAAAACACUAACAAGGAGAACCCACUGUUAAAUCCUAUGUUUAGUACGUUAUGUCAGUGGUGGGUGAAUGAAAUUGCGACACGUCGAGAUUCAGAUGACAAGGAAACCGGCCAGGUAUUUCGUUUAAUGCUAAAUGCCCAAAAGUUUUUACCUCGCCCAAAAUAUACUGAAAACUUAGCCGGCGCGACUGGUGCCAAUGGAAGUCUCUUUGAUAACGCGAGGACUUUUAACGAGCCCUCGACAUCCACGGCUAUUAACCGACCUUCGACAUCCACGGCUAUUGACGAACCAUCGACAUCCAAGGCUAUUCACGAACCCUCGACAUCUACGAUGCUGGUCUCGGAACAUCAACCGUCGGUAGAAGAAAUGGGAGUUCCAGAUGAGCCGCUGGACCUUAGUAUGUCCGCAAUGUCGAAACUAGAAAAUCAGCUGCUGUUUGAGGAAUCAAUUGCAUCAAUUGCGAGCACAUCAAGACGCAACAAACGUAAGCGUAAAGCGACGAGGCUAGCAUACCCUACGACAAAUGAGAACACGAACGACAACGGAACACAAACACCGAACACAGACCAAAUCUAUACGGAACCUUCUCUUCCAGCGCUUCUAACGGCAAGUCAAUCUGAUCUCCAGAGAAGUGAGACGCUUAAUGUGACACAUAAUGCAAAUAUAUAUAAUUCAUCAUUUAUUUGUUAUUAUUGUCAUAUUAUAUUUGCGAAUGAGAUCAUGUACGCGAUGCACAUGGGUUUUCACAGUGCUGAAAACCCCCUCGUAUGUGCGGUGUGCGAUCGGAAAUCCUCAAAUAUAAUUGCGUUCUUCUUACAUCUUAUUCGAACAAAGCAACACGAUAAUUGUCAUCGACUAAAAUUAUUUUAUCGUAAAAAAUUAAUAACAGUUAAUAACAUAAUAAAAGUGUUAAAGCAGUCAGACACAAAAUCAACAUAUAUGACACCGGCAUUGUCGAACGAUCACGUCAAUCCGAACCAUGAAAUGCCCGCGGGCGGGAAAUUUAUAAUAGAUGCCGUCAGACCAUCGUCACCUUAUAGGACGCACUUGAUAUCUAUCAAGGGAGAAUCAUAUUCCGAAACAGAAAACGCUAAUAAAAAAGAGAAAUCUUUGACAGGAAUGGCUUAUUGUGGUGUGAUUGGGCAUAUUGUUAGAAGAUAUUACGCAAUUAUAGGACCGCCUGUCAACAAAGCUAUAAAAAUAAUGGAUAUUUCCUAUGAUAAGGUAUCCUGUGACUAUGACACCGUGUUGCAUAGCCAUUUCAGAAAGGAUCAAUUUCGCUCUCGAGGUGUGAGAACAUUGCAACGAUUAGAGAAAUAUCAUAUCUAUGAAUAUCUCGGCGAUAUACCGAUGAGGAAAAAUUUAGAUGCAACUUCGUCUCUGGACUAUUGUUAUCCUAUUUUGGGUAGACUGCGCGAAUUGGAAUACUUGGACGAUAUCCUAGACGAGAUUGGAGUGAUAGAUCGAAAAUAUUCAGGAUUGUUGAUCGAGCUGAAGACUAAAGUCUGCAUUUUGCUUGAUGAUAUUCAAUACAUGGACCACAGGUCCUGGCAGUUUUUGUCAUCGGCCCUCGAUAACUGUAACAUUGUCACAGCGAUGACGAUGCCAAAGCCAAAUUCUUGGGAUGACUUGUCCCAUGUAGAAGCGGAAAUUUAUAAAGAUAAAAGGCUAACGAAACACAUAUUGCUCGGUCUGAGUGUAGAUCUGCUCCCGGUAUUUGCGUGUCAGUUUCUGAAUGUCCUCGCGAUACCUAGGAAAUUAAGCAGGAUUUUGCAAAGACGCAAAGAUGGUCACAUCGGAUGGUGCGAGGCGCUCCUGACGUCAAUUCUUCAGAGUAACGGUCUGGACUUCAUCAAGAUAUCGCCCAGCGAAGCGGCGCAACGCGACCUCGUUUUUCCGAAUGGCACGCUGGUGACAAAGCUACCAGUUGAUCUGACACCGGAGGAAUUAGCGCCGCCUUUACCCUGGUCGCAAAUGAGUCUUUUGGACAUCUGUGUCACGAACGAAAAUUACCUUAAGAUCACUGGCAACGAUCGUGACAUGACAGGCAAAUCUAACAUUUCAUUAUUAAAUCCUUUCGUAUUUUUAGAACUGAUGAGCGAGAUUUACGAUAGAAUGAAUCCUUACGAGCAAGAUUUCAUUAAAUGCGCCGCCACGCUGGGUAGAGUAUUUAAACGAAGCAUGAUAGAAAACGUAAUGAUUAAUUCGAUCCCGCUGCACACCAUCAAGAGAGCUGUCAUUGGUCAUCACCCCUCGCCUCUUUACGCUCACUGUAAAAUGCUAGAGUUUAAAGUCGAUUUGUUCUACAAAAUGAUGUACAAUAUACAAACGAAUGAAGAAAAACAGGAGCACCACACGAGAGCGGCUAAGAUAUACGGCUUGGACGCUCGAAAGUGCAGUUCCUGUGGUAGCGGCCAUUUUUUAAGAAUUUUCAGCGAGGAUGUUCUUAAAGAAAUGGAGCAUGUAGAACAAACACCCAGGCUUUCGUUGAUUCGCCGUCGAACGGUUAUCGAAGGUAAAUGGGUUUCGAAACCGAGUUUACUUUCGACCAGAACAACUACUGCGGCAAGAAAACAAGGUUCUGUUGUUUGUAGAGUGUCUAUUAUGCCGACAACUGAUGACGAAGAUGAAGGAGAAAUUGGCAAAGUACUCGAGUUUUUUAUCGAGUAUAGUGCCGGAGUGAUCCAGAUUGCGCAACCCCUUUACGCGCUUAAGCUGCUUUCGAUCGCUGCUGAAAGAAGUAGGGCCGCCGAAGUAGACGAGUGGAUUGAUGAAAGCGCAGAGAACAGUAUCACGGAUAAAGGAAUUAUUCUAGCUUUAAUGGGUCCGCGAAACUUGACAAAAUAUUUUAUAGACAACAAAUUGAAAACGGCGCAGUCGUUUGCCUUGAGAAGUUUCAAGCUCGCGUUUCUAAGCGUUAACAAUUUUCUAGAGAAAGGCGAAAUAUAUCUUGCGACAGUACGAGUUUUGCAUUGCACAAGAAACAUCAAGCUAAUACGACAUAUCGAGAGACCAAUGCUAAUCACAAUAAGAAGAAAAGGUAGUUGGAAUAAUGCCGAGGAAAUAGCGAUGGUGGCAAAUAUUUAUCUAACAAUGUAUCAAAUUAGAGUAUUAAGAGGCGAAUUGGAGGAAGCCGUAGACAUGGGUAUAAAAGUCUUGAAAAUAUCUGCAACAUUGCAUCUUAAUAAACUGAUGCUGAUCACUGUGCCCUCAUUAAUUCAGAUAAUGCUAUGGACCAGACGUGUCAAUGAAGCUGUCGAUUUGAUGCGGGAGCUGUACUUUUUAGCAGACGAGGACAUGGAUUUGUCAGCCAAGACGUGGUAUUACGCUCUUUCCUUAGAUCUCAUGCUGGAUGCGGGAAUAAUAUUGGAAUCAUAUGAGACAUCUUAUAACUAUUAUGAAAAAUUUAUUGGUAAGAAUUCUUACAGAUCGAAAUUUUGCGUAUGGCGCGAUCCUCAAAGUCUGUGCCGCUUACUAACAAGUCUAUGGAUGUACCAGCUGAGAAUGGGACGUACGGUUGAUGCGAUUGCGUACAGCACGGAAAAAUACGUGAAAGACGUUACCUGGCAUGACUUUUCUCAAAUUCUCACUUGCAGCAAGGGACUCGAGUGUUAUCUGUUGAUAUUGCUGCGCUGCAUCAAUACGAAGCGCUCUAAUGAGCUACUAAAUCUGAUUCAAGAUAUUUCCAGCAUUAUCAAAUGUCUUAAGAACAAUUCCAAGCAUGCGAAAGUCAUAAAACCACGCUUAUAUCUGCUGAUGGCAUACUUGAAUGUUCUUCGGGGCCGCAAAUCGAGCACGCGAAUCUGUUUGUACAAAGCACAGAAAUUCGCGACCUUACAAGAAAACCAAUUGAUGAUGGCAUGGAUCAUACAAAAUAGAAGGACGUGGAAGGAGAAAAUUUAUAAUAAUAUGGCGCAAUACUGGCUGGAGUACGUUGGAUCGGCAGAUAUCGUGGUUUGGCAGUAUAUUCGUAACUUCAACGUCGAUACCUGGUCCACUAUCCUUUAUCCUUUAUCGACGCCUGAUGCACAUUUAUAACAAAAGGAUACGAAAGCGC